ACUACUACAUGUUUGUGUAUAUGAAUGUGUUGUGCAUGUGUGUGACUGUAUGUGAAUAGGUGUGUUACUACAUAUCUGUAUGCGUGCUUGUGUGUCACUAUGUAUGUAUGUAUGUAUGUAUGUAUACAGGUGUGUGACUGUAUGUAUGGGAGUGAAUGUAUGCGUGCGUGUAUGUGUUUAGAUGUGACAGUAUGUAUGUGUGUGAUUUUACAUAUGUAUCAAUGUAUGGGGUAUUAUUUCCUUUUUCAUUUCAUCUGUAGCCCAAAUGUCUAACUAUGGGGGUCAUUCCGAGUUGAUCGCACAUAGCAACUUUUUGCAGCCCGUGCGAUCAACUAGACGCCGCCUAUGGGGAAGUGUAUUAUAGCAUAGCAGGGCUGUGAUCACUUGUGCAGCCUGGUAUGCUAAAAAAGUUUUGUGUAAAUCAAGACUAGCCCUGCAGUUACUCACCCUGUGCGAUGGAUCCAGCGAUGAAGGUCCCGGAAUUGACAUCAGACAUCCGCCCCCAAAACGCCUGGACACACCUGCGUUCGGAUCUCCACUUCCGGAAAACGGGCAUCCCUAGAAAUGGAUUUGAACCUCUAUCUCCAGCGGAUUGGAAUCACCAAAUUGACACCAUGUUCCUCCACACCGUCCCUUUCAGCGCUACGGGAGCUACAUCGCCGCCACCUGUUCUCUGUACCGUUUGAGAGCCUCAGUAUACACAUUGGGGAGAAGAUUAUCCUGGACACCCUCUGGAUUUAUCAGAAAAUUGUUCUGCGAAGACGAGGGGGCUUUUGUUUUGAGAAUAACGGCCUGUUCUUGUGGGUGUUACAAGAGCUGGGGUACCAGCCGCGGGUGCUAUCGGCCAAAGUAAGGAACCCAUUCACUUUUGUUUUUGGAACUCAGUUUGACCACAUGAUACUGAGUGUGGAGUUAGAGGGCAGGCGGUGGCUUUGUGACGUUGGCUUUGGAGAUGGAAUACUGGAUCCAUUUCCUCUGGAGGCAGGAUGGGAAGAGGAGCAGGACAGUGGUGUGUUUCGGUUACGGGUGGAAGCGGAAGAGUGGUGCUUAGAAAGUAAGGAGGACAAUGACCAGUGGAGGAGCCUGUACAAGUUCACCCUUGAAGAGAGGAGAUUUGAGGACUUCAGGGAGAUGUGUGACUAUCUCCAGACCUCACCAAGUUCUCUCUUUGUUUGCAAAUCUCUCUGCUCCCUACUUCUACCAGAUGGCAGACUGACCUACAUCGGACGCAAGCUGAUCAGCACAGAGUAUACCAAGGGCGGUGGGAGUGUGAAGACCACCGAAGAACUCAGCGAUGAGGAGAUCCCUGACCUGCUCAGAGAAAAGUUUGGCAUUGUGCUGAAUGCAACAUUUGUUCCGAAGGAUGAGAUGUUGGCCCCAAAUCCUGAUGGACAGUGAGGCCUCAGUUGAUAUAUGGCAUUUACACAGCUAUGUGUAUUAUAUAAAUAUUAAAAUGAAGGAAAUACAUAGAAUUACGCAUCUUAAACAAACAUUUCACAGCUUGAUUAGACACACAGCGGCCACAUUGGGCUUUCUGAAAUAAAUGUGGAUCUUUGCCACCCCUAUAAACCAGCCUGUAAAAGUAGCCAUCACCGCUGUAAGAUGGCAUGUGAACAAGCCCUAUCCUUGGUGCAAAAGAAGUGUGUGAAAUCGCGCGGCUCUCUAAGUAGCCGGCAAUUCCACCUACACACUCACCAUCAUGCCACCGUGGUGCUCGUAGUUAUUAUUAUUGGGCCUGAUUCAGAGUAACGCAAUAAUCCAGUGUUAGUGGGUCUACGCAUGCACAAGACUUGUUCUAUACAUGGCCAGAAAAGGUGCUGUGAGAUCGCUCCAGCAAAACUAAUGAAUCUUACUAUCCGAUAUUCUAAUGUGUUUUCCACCGAUGAGUGUCUGCUGAAGAAAUCACACACAGGUGAUGGAGAAACGCAUCCAGACCAGUUCCUUGGAUUAACACCUUUCCAUGUACAAUCAUUACACCUCAUCCCCUUACCUGCAGAACAGACUGUCACAAACGUCAACUUCAACCACUUUAAACAUUAAUAUCUCCAUUUUUGUUUUUUUUUAAAUAGAUUUUCUUUUUUUAAUUGAAAUAUGAUAUUGCAUAAUUAUCAAAUAAAAUACAAGAAAACCUC